UCAUGGAUCACAUUGCCAUUAAAUGAGUGAGAUCAACGCAAACAUAUCAAGAAAGGCUCAAUGGAAGGAUAAUCCAGUUGUUCUCUGUUCCUGCUGUCCUCUACACCAAGGUCAAACAAUUUUAACAGAGUGAAAAUGGAGGAAGGGAAGGCUAAGAGUUCCCAUGUCCUGGUGCUGCCAUAUCCAAUCCAAGGCCACAUAAACCCAUUGCUUCAGUUUGCAGAUGGACUAGCCAGCAAGGGCGUCAAGGCCUCUCUAGUGGUGCCUCUCCGAAUCCAUGGUGAUAUUCUUCACAAGGUCGACACCUCCAGCCUCGCCACCAUCCCCCUCGAGUACAUCUCCGAUGGCUACGAUGAUGGCGUGCCAUUAACCUUUGAUCCUGGGGCUUAUGACAUCAGCCUCCAACGGGUCGGCUCACAGACACUGGGUGAACUCAUCGCUCGACUUGCUGUAGACGGUCUGCAACCCGUGUGCCUCAUCUAUGACUCGAUCCUUCAGUGGGCCUUGGACAUUGCCCACGCCCAUGGCAUACUCGGGGUCGCCUUCCUAACUCAGUCUUAUGCAGUUUCCUCAAUGUGCUCCCUCUACCACAGGUGUGCUCUUGUGGCGCAGGCAGAGCCUGAUGCGUGCUUUUCGCUUCCUGGAAUGCCACCAUUGAGCUUACAAGACUUGCCCAAGUUUAUAGCCCAACCCAAAGCCGAUCGUUUCCUCCUCGAUUUAUUGUUGGGCCAGUUCAAGAACAUAGAUAAGGCAGAUUAUGUGCUCUUGAACUCAUUUGAUUGCUUAGAGACAGGCGUGAUUGAGGGGAUGGCAGAACCUUGGUCUCCGAAGAUGAUCGGCCCUGCACUCCCCUCACUCUAUUUGGACAGCAGAAAUACAAGAGCCACAAAGACAGGAGAUGAACAAGGGAAGCUUGUGAAUUGCCUGGGUUGGGUAGAUGAGAGGCCGGAUGGCUCAGUGGUGUAUGUCUCAUUUGGGAGCUUGGCGGCUCUGACUGUCGAACAAAUGGAGGAGAUCGGUGGUGCCUUACGUUCGAUCAAGUGGCCAUUUCUUUGGGUGGUGAGGCCGCCAUAUGCAUACGAACAGGGCAGAAAUUCACUACCUGAUGGAUUUUUAGAUGCCACGUCCGAGCAAGGGCUCGUGGUGCCAUGGUGCCCCCAGCUCGAAGUCCUGGCGCACAGAGCCAUUGGCUGUUUCGUGAGUCAUUGCGGGUGGAACUCGACACUUGAGGCAAUAAGCCAAGGGGUGCCCAUGGUCGCAGUUCCCCAAUGGAGCGACCAACCAACGAACGCAAAGUUCAUCUCCGAUGUCUGGAAGAUGGGUAUUCGCGUCGAGGUCGACGAGAAGGAAGUCGUUCGGAGUGGAGAACUGGAGAGGUGCAUAAGGGAGGUCAUGGAUGGUGAGACGGGGGCAGAGUUGAGGGAGAAUGGACAGAGGUGGAAAAAAUUGGCUAGGGCGGCCGUUGCCGACGGGGGCAGUUCCGAUAAUAACAUAAAAGAAUUUGUGGCCAUGGUUUCUAGGUGCUGAUUGAACAAGUAGUAUGGAUAAUCUUCUACACUGAAAAGAAAAUAUUAGUUCAUAGGUGACUUAUGUUGCAAAAUUGGAAAUGUAGCCUAAUUCUCUCCCUUAAUUCUGGGACAUGGACUUUUGGUGAUCGGAUGAAAGAGAAAGGGAUUCAUUUCAUGUUCUCGUUUUUUCAUAAGAAGGGUUACAGUCCCUUGUAUUACUGAUAAGGAUUAAUUUCAUGUUCUAUUUUUCAUAAAAUGGGUUAGUCUCCCUCGAAUUUAUUGUU